AUGACGAUUCCAGACCAUCUGUUUGAUGAAGGAAUAAAUAACACCCUGUUUCAUAAUGACAUGAGGCAUAUACAGCAAAAUAAAACAGUGUAUGAAAAAACACAGCGAGAUUAUGAGCAAGAACAACGAGAUCUGUUAUCGUCUCAAGAUGGAGAUACAUGUGAGAUCCACGAUCAGUUCUACAGGGACCAUAAACUGCUACUCGUGUUGUUUCGAGCGCUUGCAGUCAUGCCCAUCACACGCUCUCGGCCAGGCACGAUCACAUUUAGCUGGAAAUCCAGAGCCACAAUGUACGCGGUAUGUUUCUACAUCGCUGCCACAGCCGUUGUUCUAAUCGUGGGAUAUGAGCGGAUAAUGAUACUCCGAUCAAUUCGACGCUUCGACGACUAUAUUUAUGCCAUUCUUUUCGUCAUUUUCCUCGUUCCGCAUUUCUGGAUACCAUUCGUGGGUUGGGGCGUGGCUCAUCAAGUCGCUAUUUACAAAACUAAUUGGGGGAAAUUUCAGGUCAGAUACUACCGCGUUACCGGCGAAAACCUUCAAUUUCCUAACUUGAAGACAACAAUCGUCAUCAUUAGCGUGGGUUGUUUGUUGCUCGCCGUCUGUUUCCUGCUCAGUCUCUGUAUACUAAUGGACGGAUUCCUCCUGAGACAUACGUCAGCAUAUUAUCAUAUCAUUACUAUGAUCAACAUGAACUGCGCUCUCUGGUACAUCAACUGCAAAGGAAUUAAGAUCGCCUCGCAAAGUCUCUCGGAAUGUUUUCGUAGGGACGUGGAACAAGAAUGUUCAGCGAAGUUGAUAUCACGGUACCGUUACCUAUGGCUCAACCUGUCCGAGCUGCUGCAGUCGCUGGGCAACGCUUAUGCCAGAACUUAUUCAACUUAUUGUCUAUUCAUGUUUGCGAACAUAACGAUAGCAGUAUAUGGAGCCCUGUCAGAGAUAGUCGACCAUGGAUUUGGGUUCAGCUUCAAAGAAAUGGGCCUGUUCGUCGACGCAGCCUACUGCUCUACUCUAUUCUUCAUAUUUGUGGACUGCUCGCAUAAAUCUACUUUAACGGUAGCUGCCGGUGUCCAAGACACACUUCUGUCCAUCGAUGUCCUGGCAGUUGACAGACCCACACAGAAAGAGAUAGACCACUUCAUCCAAGCUAUAGAGAUGAACCCAGCUGUAGUGAGCUUGAAGGGAUAUGCUCAUGUCAACAGAGAAUUACUUACUUCGGCAAUCAGCAUGAUAGCUAUCUAUCUGAUAGUACUACUGCAGUUCAAAAUCUCACUGCCAAAAGAUCCUCAGAUAGUUGCCACGUAA